AUGGAAUAUGGUAAUACAAGCAUGAGUGGUGGUCAGCAGAUUUACGUUUCACAAUCUCAAGAACCACCAAGAGUUUCAGGAUCUAAUCCUCAAGAUCUCGUAAAUGCAUUUCCUGGGGUUGAUUGUAAUUCACCAAACCGAAACUGUGGACCUUAUACACAAACAUACCAAACUCAUGAAUAUAAUGGACCACAUACUUCUCAUAUUGGAGGACCACCAGGUGUUUAUCAGCAGCCGUACUCUGGUGAGGCUCAUGGCCAAAGCCUGACGCUAAACCAACUCUUACAACAAAAUAGUUCGGCAGCUGCCUAUCAAGUCCGCCCAGUGAAUAGUUCACAGGCAGUUUACCGAAAUUACGACCAGUAUUCAUAUUCAUAUAAACCCGGUGCACCCACAUGCGUGGCCCAAGACCGAACUCAGGCAAGUGUAUGUUCGUACUCUGGAGCUCAACGUUUUGUAGAUCCCUACACUCGUCCAUAUCUUCCAUACCCACCUGGUCCAAAUUAUCCAUACUAUCCUCAGUCACAAUCGAUGAUGCAGAGGUCCCGCGUACCCCAACCUUCUGGCCUAGAGUAUGCAAAUAUAAACACUUGCAAUCAACCAAGACCACCAUCUCAACCUACUCCUGGAGGAGGUACUCCAAAUCAAGUUGAGCGCCCACCAUCAAGGAAUAUCAAUUAUCUCAACAGUCCAACCCAUGCGGCAUUCUCAAAUACACAAAUUUCCUCACCAGCACAUAGUAGUGGAUCUCAACCAUCGUCUUGGUCACCGCAUUCUGCCUCAUAUGGUUCUUCAGCGCACAUGCAGUCUCAACCAAGACCUCGUAGUUUAUCAAAAGAUUAUCAGGUGAAAAUGAACGAAGUCCAAUCUGAAUCUCCUAACGCUAAUAACAGUAAUACUAAUAGUGCUACCAGACUAGAUAACCAGAGUGAAGGUACACCUAGUAAUUUUGAAGAUACAAGCUGUCGUCCUCAGUCGAGAUUAAGCGAUACUGGAACAUCUGCUACCAAAGGUGGGACGUUAGGUGUGAAGGACCAAUCUGAUGUCCAAAUUACUACGUCUUUAGUUGAAACUACUGGACAGAAUCCUAGUGCUGAUGGCAUAUCACAUCACCAAGUGUCUACUCCAUCCAGUUCUAUAGCCAAUUUGUCGUCAGUUAGUCCACUGUCUUCAGUGUCUCAUGAAGCAUCUUCUGCACAAAAUUUUCCAUCGUUUGUACAGGCUUCAGCAUCAUCGUCUUCCCCAAUGGCUACACAAAUUACGAAUAUCCAGAGUCAGCCAGCAACAUGUGCAAGUCCUGGCCAAACUAAAGGACCAUACCAGAGCUGCCAGACAGUGCCGUCACCUCGCCCACAAGGCGUAUCAAAUCAAGAAAUGGGUAUUCCGCGUAUGGGCUAUCCAUCGUAUUCUCAUCCACAAGCUCCUCUUCCUAAUAAUCCAUAUUCAUCAGGUGGUCGUCCACCGGGUUUUCCUUCAGCUGGUUAUCCUUUGCGUCCUCCAUCUAUGCAUGCAGCUGUCUCUCUUUCGGAUAGUAUGCCGUAUAGACCACAAUUUCAGACUCAGUCCUCUAGUGGACCAGCUAGUACAAGUUCAAUGCCACCGCCACCAACACUGCCUCCAGCUUCUGUCUCAUCAGGUCAGUCAUGUGCUGGUGAUAAUAAUGGACCCUCACAACCACCAUUUUCGCAAGUUCUUCCAUAUUCAACUCCUGUAUCUUCUGCAAGCAGUGGUUAUGCCACAUCAGGUUCUGUUCAAGGUCCUCAUCUACCUUGGGAUCAAGAAGCUUCAUACCAACCAACACCGCCUCAUCCCAGCAAUAUGUUUCAUCACCAGUUCGGUGGUCGUCCACCAUAUAUUGGUCCACCAGACCGUGGAAGUGGUUAUCUUCCAUCUUCAUCAGUUCCAAGUUCUAAUGCUUCAAACUCAGUACCACAUAAUGGACAACACUUACAUCCCUCAGCUACUGGACCCUAUCCUCACAAUCAGUCUCUGUCGUCGUAUGCAAGUCAUCAUGCUCAGUAUCCAUAUUCACAAUCUCAAAUGCCUUACCACUCUCAAUCCCAAUAUACACAUCCUUAUUCACCAGGACCUGGUGCUCCAGUAAUACAGCAGCAGCAACAACAUAUGGCAGCACCUACUGCUGCUAUGGCUUCAACGUACUCUUCACCAAUGCUUAAUAAUGCAUCACCUUUACCGCAUCAUCUACAGAAUUCUAGAGAUGGAUUUCAUAUGCAUUAUCCGCAUGAUAUGCAACAACAUCCUUCAGUGUCUUCAUCGAAUGAGAAUUUUACACCAACAUCAUUUCCCCAGAAUGGAGGAUCACCUGGCAAUAUUAGACCAUCAUCAGUCAUAAAUACUGUUUCGAAACCAGUUGUUGCCGGUGGAAAAAUGACAAAAUCUGAGUUACUAACUCGUCCGGUUAAUUCUACGAUUUCGGCAUCUUCACAAAUUAGUGCCAACCAAACUGGUCUAGGGCCAACUGAAGUGAACUCUAUGAAUUUUCCACAACAGUAUCAGCAUCGUGUACCAGCUCAGUCUAGUCAUCCACAAAUGCUGCAACAAUACCCAGGAAACUAUUCUUCGGGAAUAGGAUCUCAUCGAUUUGGAGCUCCUAGUGGUGGUGGAGAAAUUUUACAAGGUUCAUCUACUUUCCAAAGCUUCCAACAACAGUAUCACUCCAUACCUAACUCCCAUGUACCACCACAAACUCAAAAUACUUCUGGUCCCAUUGGUAAUCAGAGUUCGUUAUAUUCUAGUGAUGAAACACAUUCAGAUGUCGGAAACCUUAAUCAACCUUUGAAUAAUUUAUCAAGUCAGAGUCUUACUGGUUUCCAUAAAUUGUUGGAGAUGGGAAAUGAACCUGAACGGCGACCAUGGUUGGAGAACUACAUGCGUUUUAUGGAUGAUAUUGGGAAGCCGGUUGUUGGUAUCCCUCAAGUAGUCAAACAGCCUCUUGAUCUUUAUCGGUUCUACGUGGCUGUAAGAGAACGUGGUGGUGUGGCAGAAGUAAUAAAAGCUAGAAGGUGGAAAGAAGUAAGUCAGGCGAUUGGCAUCAAUGCAUCUGCCUCAGCAGCUUAUGGUUUACGCAAAAACUAUUGUAAGUUUUUACUGGAGUACGAAUGUCGCUUUGAUCGUGAUGGAUCUGAUCCUCGGCCUUUACUUGCGCACAUAGAAAAUCUGUCUGGCAAAAAGAGGAAGUGUUCUUCAGUUGACAGUGACCCAAACAGUUUGUCUAAUGACUUACCCCCUCCUGCUCCACCUUCACCAACUGGAAGUCAUUCUUCUGCAUCAUCCAGUCUUUUACCUCCGGGUAGCAGUGGAGCUUCAUUAUCCGGUGGUCCCAGUGGGACUGCUGGAAGCGCCGCAAGUGACAGUCAGCUUGGACCUCCUUCAUCCCAGCAACAUCGUUUCAGCGACCAUGGUCAACCAGGUAGUGUUUCUACCGUUCCAGAAAGUCCUAAUGGUAUUCCGAAUGUCCCUAGCCCACCUGGGCUAUCAGGACAAAGUAGUAAUUCCUACUUACCAUCUUCAGGCCCUGCGACUAUGAAUGUCCCUUCACCCCAACGUCCUCUUUCAUGCACUGCUACUAAUGGUUAUUCAAACGUACCCAUUUCUGCUUCCGAUAGCAACUGCUGUCCAUGGCCUUGGACCCCUGAAAAUAGUAACUCUGAAUCAGGUACUCACCAAACCCCGGCAGCAUCGGAAUCAUCAACAAUGGAGCACAGUGGUAUCCUGGUUACUAGAGAAGCUACCUCAUCUCAAUACGCACAAAGUCGUAUUCCGUCUGGAAGUAUCUCAUUGAACAGUAAUGUUCUCCCUUCUAAUGUGUAUGCUGGUGGACCCAAUCCUAACUGCGCGUCUUCAGCUCCCUCGGGAAAUACGGAACCUAUGGCGCAACAUAAUUUUAACCCAUAUUUACCUCAAAAUCCUCUAUUUGUUUCUAAUCCUUCUCAUCCUGUACUUAGUCAACACCAUGGUCCUCCACAAAUUAUGGAUCAUCCAUUCGCAGGAUCUCAAUCUCCCAUACAUCCACGUCAUCCAAGUAACCAUUCAUUCCGUACACCGUCUUUCAACACUGCUACUCCACCCAAUGCUGUUAGUAGUGACUCAGUUGCUAUGUUUCGUAUGCACCAGUUAAGAUCAGGAGCACCUCCGAUGACUCCUUAUAUGCCCGUCGGUGCUGUAACUCCUUACUCUGCUCACAAUAAUAACAAUAACAACAGUAGUAAUUUAAGUCAGAAUUCACCCUUACCGCCCCAUCUGAUUCAACAUAACAAUCAGCGACCAGGAUAUGUUGCUACUAUUCUCAAACGUUUGGAUCAUUAUACUUUCCCACCUGGUAGUGUUGAAGCUACACCUAUCGAUUCACCUCGUCGCCGACGUUAUCGAGCAAAGGAUUUAGGUCCCAUCCCUCCUUUCAAACUGUUGAUGGCGCUCCGGUCAGGUCUGACAGCUGAAGUGUCUUGGGCAUUAAAUUGUUUGAAUAUUUUACUGAGGGAUGAGAAUGGAUUCGAUCUUAUCGUUCCGAGUGCACUGCCAGGAUUACUCACUAGUUUAGUUGAUAUAUGGCGACAUACAUUGGGUGAAUUAUUCAAUCACGAUCUGUUUAUCACAUCAUUAGAACUACCCACAGAUUUAUCCAUCAUAUCCACAUCACAAAAUCAUACAAAACAUAGUUCAGUAUUGAAAAGUGUUCAUAACAACUAUUCAUGUAAUUUAAAAACAAGUUUAUCAUAUUUGGAUGUAAAAAGUAAGUCUUCCCUUCAUGACAACACAUGUGGCGGUAGUGGUAAUGGUUUAAUUCGUUUGGAACGUGAAAUCAGUCGGAUCGCAGCCAUCAAAUGUGUAUCAUUAUCUUCUGUGCGUAAUGGUUUACGUAAUCUAUUGGGUAAACGCAAUGACUCCAGGUCGCUUCAAACUCCUGUACGUUUCCGUAGCGGUUUAAUGUUUCGUCUUGAGAAUUUAUCUCCAAUGUCUACCACAGCUGUCAAUCAUUCGCCUAUUAUGUCGUGUAGUUCAUCCAACAAGCUAAUGGAUACAAAUACACAUUCUGUUACACCUGUAACUUCUCGUUCAAGGAAACGUGGUAAACAAAUGCUAUUCUCAUCAUCGACAACAUCAAAUAAUUAUAUGUCAGGAUCUACUGGUGAACAACUUCAUGCAAGUAUUAUGCCCUCUAAUAUAAACUUUUCAAAUGUUGGAACUGGUGGUAAAGCUGAUGGGAUAGUAAUGUGGUCAACACCGCAAGUUGCAUCGAUUAUGGAUAGUCUACGUGCACCAGAAGCUUAUUCAAAUUUAAAAGAUUUAGCCUUGUAUGUUAUUGAUGCUUUACAUGAUGAAUCACACAGUAAUCAUUCAUCUGAAAUUACUGAUAGCAGUUUCUCAACUACUCAAGAAAAUAAUAAUAAUAAUAAGCCUAGUGUAACAAAGCCUAGCAGUUGUACAUUACGAAAAUUAAUCGAAAAAGGUGGAGGUGAUACAACAUGUCAUAUAAUGCCACCAUUUGGUGCACAUGCAUUUCAAAGUUCUCAUUGGAUGAAUGAUCAAGAAAAUAUAUUGUCUAAUGUUGAUGAUGAUCGCUUACCUAAAUUAACAGAACCGCCACCACCACCACCAACAACAACAACAGUUGGUAUUACAUUAAAACAGUCAGUUUUAAUUAAUGAUUUAAAUGAUGAAUUGAUUAAAAUUGGUGAAUUAGAUGAUGAUCAACCUCAUUCUAAACGUAUGCGUCAUGCAUCCUCUUCAUCUCUUCCCUGUCCUACACUAUCUCCUCAACCAACAUGUGACACUGUUUCUGAAGACAUUCCUUGUAAAUUGAUCGAGUCACAUGAUACAAAUUCUAUCACUGAAAUUAAUUCUUGUGAAGAUAAUGAUGAUUUAGUAUUUUCUCAAUUGAUAGAUGAAAAUGGUCGUUGUCCACUACGUGCCCGUGAAGAAUUAGUUCAUCAUGGUGCUAUUUGCUUAUGGCCGGAUCACAAUGAAGCUGACAGUUAUGAGGCACGUGCUGUUCGAUGUCUAUGCGUUUCUACUGUUCUACGUAAUCUUUCGUUUAUUAAUACAGUUGAACGUCAUUUAAGUAAUCAGAAAGGAGUAUUGGCUUUAAUUGGUCGUUUAAUGUUAUUUGGACAUGAACAUGUUGAAGAAAAUGAUACAUGGUAUGCAGUAGAACAGAAAACUCAUAAUUUAGAGUCUAGUUUUUGUGCAUGGUGGACACCUACAUGGUUGGAAGAUAUGCGGGAAAAUGCUAUGGUAUUAUUAGUGAAUGUAGCUGGUUAUUUAGAAUUAAUUCAUUUUGAUGAGUCAAUUGUUCGUCCGAUUUUAGAAGGCCUUUUGCAUUGGAUUACAUGUACGACGUCUGCUUCAGUUGAUCCUUUUCCAGGUCAUCGAACUCUCAGUCCUCGUCGUUUAGCUCUAGAAGCUUUAAAUCGUCUCUGUGUUCAUGAAACAAAUGUUGAUCUACUCUUAUCAACCCCUUCAGAUGAAAAAGUGCUUAGCAGUCUGUUUGACAGACUAGCUACUUGGCUUGCUGUACCCGAAGAUCAAGUGACACGUGAAUUAGCUUUAUCUACAAUGCAUUAUCUUGCUGGUGGAGGUGCUUCGAUUUCUGCUUCUUCUGUGUCUUCCAGUAUCAAGAGUACCAGUGAAACGAAUACACCCACAAAUACAUAUAUUGGUACAACUAUGCUUGCUGGUGCUAAACCUUGUCCUGUUUCUGGAUUACUCGCUUUUAUUGAAGCUGCUGAAGCAACUACACGACGAGUUAUUGAUCAAUAUGGUGUUCAGGCUUUACAAGAAAGACCAGAAUUGAUGGGGACAAGUUUAGAAAUGGUUCGUCGAGCGGGUGCUCUACUUGACAGAUUAGCUGUUGAUUCUAAAGGUCGUACCUCCUUCACACCUGACUUAGAACUUAGACUAAUGGAUUUGGUAACUUCUCGUGUUCUAGAUGCAACUGUUGCCCAUCUCUUAUGUGGUGCUCUACAUCGUUUGCUUCCAGAUAAUAGUCAAAUAGAUGAAGACAUAAAAUGUCCAACAGUUCCACCUAUUCCAUCUGCAGCAUUUAUAGCAGAAUUACUAGAGCCAACAAUUACUACUACAUCGGCGAAUGUUUCACAAGAGAGUACACAUCAAACUGUAGAUAGGGUAGAUACAUCUUCAAAAGUUAUAUGCACUGAGAACACUUCAGAAACAUCUGGUUCAAACCAUGACGAAAAGCAAUCAGUAGUUAGUAAUUCAGUCAGUAGUGAAGUUACUAAUGAAACAGAUACAGUUGUAAGUGAAGAUGAUUCAAAAAAGUCUAAUAUUGACAAGUCUCCAGACAAAAAAGUCAUUGUUAAGUGUAUAGAUUCUCCUAUUGAUGAUGCUAGUAAUAGCAAUAAUACAGUGAUAAGCAACGAUUAUUGUAAAGAGGACAAAAAGCUGAAUGGAUCUAUAAUAACUGAUGAAUACAAUGUAAAUUGUAAAUCUGAAAUACCUGAUUUUAAAGACACAACAGUAGUAAAUGAUCAUACUAAUGUCUACUUAAACAAUACAGACUCUCAGUUGAAAAUUAAUUGUAUGAAUUCAUCUUAA